AUAGAAAGUUGCACCCACGUAAUUUGACCUCACUCUUUCCGCCUCGAUAAGAUUGAAGUUGACAUAAGCUGGGGAGAUCGAACCUCUUUGCUCCCAAGAACUGCCUGCCCUUAUCGAAUGGGCUGUCGGUCCCGUAGCUCCGAGACAUCCCAAUAAGACUCAUCGUCAUUUGCUACACUGCCCGUCCGCCACGACACGAUACCGAUACGUAUACGCGCGAGUGACACGAUGGAUGCAUAAAGGUGGCCAGAGCGACAAACGUGAUCGCUUUGGACGGCGCCGGUAAAUGGCCCGUAAAACGAAGGCGAUUGACCACAUGGUCAAUCGCAUGAACAAAAUGCGGCUGGUGGAUGAGCGAGCUGUGGCAAAAGCCUCUCCCGCAAAGCCAGUCGCCAAGGAGGAUACGGAAAGCGAUAGCGAGGAAGAGGUCAAGCUUCCAUGUUUCCGCUUCUUCGACCUGCCCUUUGAAUUGCGACUCCGCGUAUAUGAAGAGCUCCUCGUGUUUCCCAAGACGAUCGACCUCGACCCAGAAAACUUUCGCCUUGUCGCACCGGCGCUCCGCCUCUUUCUCGUAGACCGCCGCACACACGACGAAGCUUCACGCGUCUUCUACGGUCUCAAUACCUUUCGCAUCUUUCCGAUCCACGGACGCUACAUCAACCGAAAGCACCCGCUUCUUGCGUGGCUGCCUCGGAAAUACCGCGCACACCUUACACGGCUAGAGCUUCGGCUCGGCCCAGGCUUCACAAAGCCACCCAAAUGCUGGGUCGUGGACAGCAGAUUGGGUCUGGCCGCCGUGAAGAAGGUGUACCGGCUCAAGGUGUUCGUCGAGAUUGACCCCGCAUCCAACGAAGUGUUCGAAGGCUGGCGCGUGGGAAACAACUUUUAUACUGAAUACUGUGUGGGCUUGUUGAGAGGCUUGCUUGCACAGGUGCCAUCGGUCAACGAUGUUGAAUUUGACGCAUAUCCCAGUGUGUCCAAGUCGAGUCCCUUGCUCAAGGGCUUGAUAGAAGAGACAAAGCUCAACCAGAAGCGCGUUGCUUGGGGCCCCGAGAGGGGUUGGGAUACGAUAGUCGACGUUGACCUCGCAGGCGUUCUCCAGAAGAUGGGGCUUGGAGCGCUCUGA